CUCACCAACCAAUUGUCUUCAUGAGUCAACUCAGUAAGACUUUGAAUAACCCCGCUAAUGGACAUAUCGUCGUGUUUGAUGACACCAUUACCAAUGUCGGGCAUGCGUACAGCAACGUCACUGGUGUUUUCCGGGCCCCGGUGGAUGGUAGCUAUAUGUUCUCUAUGAUUGGGACAGUCCCAAUCUCUCCUGGUGGUCAUAGUCUACACCUCCUACUGAGAAGGAAUGGAGGCACAAUCGGUUAUUUAUUUCUGGAUUCAAACCAAGACUAUUACCUGAAGAGAACAGAAGUUGUGGCCGUUACGUUUUCUCCAGGUGACGAAGUCUUCGUCCAGAUUGACGCUGUUUCGGGUAUACAUUCUCUAGUAGGAUGUUGCUACCAUACUCAUUUCUCUGGCUUUUUAAUUAAUUGA